GCAGCUUUUCCGUAUAAAUGAACCGACUCUCUCAUCACAUACUCGCGCCGUUCUCAUCUCAUAGAGUCAUACCCCUUCGCUCUCUCUCUUUCUCCGCUUCCUUCACUGCCACCAAUUCCCACUCUCCUCCUUCACUUCUCCGCUUCUCCUUUCGCUCCUUCUCUAUUAGAGCAAUGGCUUCCCACAUCGUUGGUUACCCUCGCAUGGGCCCCAAGAGAGAACUCAAGUUUGCUUUGGAAUCUUUCUGGGAUGGCAAGAGCAGUGCCGAAGAUUUACAGAAGGUGGCAGCUGAUCUCAGGUCAUCCAUCUGGAAGCAGAUGUCUGAUGCUGGAAUCAAGUUUAUUCCCAGCAACACUUUUUCAUGCUAUGAUCAGGUGUUGGACACUACAGCCAUGCUUGGUGCUGUUCCUCCAAGAUAUGGAUGGAAUGGUGGUGAGAUUGGAUUUGAUGUCUAUUUUUCCAUGGCUAGAGGUAAUGCCUCAGUCCCGGCCAUGGAAAUGACCAAGUGGUUUGAUACCAACUACCAUUACAUUGUCCCUGAAUUGGGACCAGAAGUUAACUUCUCCUACGCAUCUCACAAGGCUGUCAACGAGUACAAGGAGGCCAAGGCUCUUGGAGUUGAUACAGUGCCCGUCCUCGUCGGUCCUGUUUCAUACUUGUUGCUAUCAAAACCAGCAAAGGGUGUGGAGAAAUCCUUUUCUCUCCUCUCCCUAAUUGACAAGAUUCUUCCUGUCUACCAGGAAGUUCUGGCUGAACUAAAGGCAGCAGGUGCAAGCUGGAUUCAGUUUGAUGAGCCGAAGCUUGUGAUGGAUCUUGGAGCUCAUGAAUUGCAAGCAUUUACCCAUGCCUACUCUGCACUUGAGGCAUCUUUAUCUGGUUUGAAUGUUCUGGUUGAGACAUAUUUUGCUGAUGUUCCAGUUGAAGCAUACAAAACACUCACUUCUUUGAAGAGUGUUACUGGAUUUGGGUUUGACCUGGUUCGGGGAACAAAGACCCUAGAAUUGAUUAAGGGUGGAUUCCCUUCUGGAAAAUACCUCUUUGCUGGAGUGGUUGAUGGAAGGAACAUCUGGGCUAACAAUCUUGGUUCUUCCCUCGAUACACUAAAAGCUCUCGAGGGCAUUGUUGGCAAAGACAAGCUUGUAGUAUCCACUUCCUGCUCUCUUCUGCACACUGCCGUUGAUCUAGUUAACGAGCCUAAGUUGGACAAAGAGAUCAAGUCAUGGCUUGCAUUUGCAGCACAGAAAGUAGUUGAAGUAAACGCCUUGGCUAAGGCACUUGCUGGACAGCAGGAUGAGGCAUUCUUUUCUGCAAAUGCAGCAGCUCAGGCUUCAAGAAAAUCCUCACCAAGGGUGACAAAUGAGGCUGUUCAAAAGGCUGCCGUUGCUUUGAAGGGUUCUGACCACCGCCGUGCCACCAACGUUAGUGCUAGGCUGGAUGCUCAGCAGAAGAAGUUGAACCUUCCUAUUCUUCCUACCACAACAAUUGGAUCAUUCCCUCAGACCAUGGACCUUAGAAGAGUGCGCCGCGAAUACAAGGCUAAGAAGAUCUCAGAGCAAAAUUAUGUUGAGGCCAUCAAGGAGGAAAUUAACAAGGUUGUCAAAAUCCAGGAAGAGCUUGACAUUGAUGUUUUAGUGCAUGGUGAACCAGAAAGGAACGACAUGGUUGAGUACUUUGGUGAGCAAUUGUCUGGUUUUGCCUUCACCGCUAAUGGGUGGGUCCAAUCUUAUGGUUCUCGUUGUGUCAAGCCUCCUAUCAUCUAUGGUGAUGUGAGCCGCCCCAAGGCCAUGACUGUAUUCUGGUCUUCAAUGGCUCAAAGUAUGACUAAGCGACCCAUGAAGGGAAUGCUUACUGGUCCAGUUACCAUUUUAAACUGGUCCUUUGUCAGAAACGACCAGCCCAGAUUUGAGACCUGCUAUCAAAUAGCUUUGGCCAUCAAGGAUGAGGUUGAGGAUCUUGAGAAAGCUGGAAUCACUGUCAUCCAGAUUGACGAGGCUGCUUUGAGAGAAGGCUUGCCCCUAAGGAAGUCUGAGCAUGCUUUCUAUUUGAACUGGGCUGUUCACUCUUUCAGGAUCACUAAUUGUGGAGUCGAAGACACCACUCAGAUCCACACCCACAUGUGCUACUCAAACUUCAAUGACAUCAUCCACUCAAUCAUUGACAUGGAUGCUGAUGUGAUCACUAUAGAGAACUCCAGAUCAGAUGAGAAGCUUCUGUCAGUCUUCCGUGAGGGCGUGAAAUAUGGUGCAGGCAUUGGGCCUGGUGUUUAUGACAUUCACUCUCCUAGGAUCCCCUCAGAAGAAGAAAUCGCAGACCGCAUUGAGAAGAUGCUUGCUGUCCUUGAAAGCAACAUCCUUUGGGUCAACCCUGAUUGUGGUUUGAAGACCCGCAAAUAUGCUGAAGUCAAACCUGCCCUCAGCAACAUGGUCGCAGCUGCCAAGCAUCUUCGCACCAAGCUCGGAAGUGCCCAGUGAGCUCAAAAAGUUUUGACGAAUUAUCAUUCUUUCAUCAGCGAAUGGAAAUUAUGACGAAUUACCAUUCUUUCAUCAGCGAACGGAAAUUAUGUCUAAUCUGUGUUAUUUCUGAGAUGAGUAUUUUCCUUGUAUUUCUUCUUCCGUGUUAUUUCUGAGAUGAUUAUUUUCCUUGGUUUUCUUUUUUUAAUUUAGGAAGCAAUUAUUAACUGGAUGUGUUUCACAAGGUUUAUGUCCUUGGAAUAUCUUAAGCUCAUGAAGCUGUUUAUUUCUUUGCUCA